AACCUGGUGGUCGGAAUUGGGGAUUCGGGGAAGGGGCUUUUACUGCUUUGGGGACGCCGGCGAGGGGUUCAUGGGUGGACAAACUUGCGGAGCACGACGGAGUCUGGAAGGGGGACUAACGAGAGACGCGUGUGUAGAAGAGGGGACCGACGGAGAGGGGACCCGAGCCGGGUCUGCGUGGGGGCGGGGGCGCGUGUCGACGUCGACCGAACAGCUUGGUAUGCAAACGAGAUGUAAAACAGCAUGCAGAUGAGUGCAGUGUUUUUUGGCACUUCGCUCAGGUCCUGAGCCCAGCGGAGCUACACUCCCAGUUUCUGGGUCCCAUUCUGUGACGGGGCUUGGGAGCUGUGUCCAGAGGGGCGGAUCCUGGCCGUGGGAGCUGCAGUUUUACGGGGCACUUCGCCAGCUGGGGGUAGGUCAGUGGCCGCGGCGCGGACGGAAGGCGGAAGCAGAGCGUGAGCGGGAGUGGGAGCCGGGGGAGCUGCUCUCGUAGCUCCCCCUGGCCCUGGGCCCGGCUGAUCGAGGGGGAGGAGUUACCGCCGCUCUUCGGCAUCAGAAUUUACCAUGAUGGCUGUUACCUAAAAUCCUCAGGAAGACCCGGGGUCAUGGCCCAGAAGCACCCCGGAGAAAGAGGGCUGUGUGGAGGCCACCACAGUGGUGGUUCCUCCCUCAGGACGUUAGGACCCUCUGUGGACCCUGAAAUACUUUCAUUCUCAGGACUCAAGGACUCAGCGGGGCCUGCUCCUAAUGGUACCCGCUGCCUCACAGAACACUCUAGUCCUAAGUACACACAGCACCCAAAUGCAGCCCACUGGUCGGAUCCAAGCCAUGGCCCCCCAAGGGGUCCAGGACCCCCUAGAGAUGGAGAAGACCCUGAUCAGAGUGAGGCAUCUUCAGAAGAAGAGUCAGGAGCGGACCAGGAACUCUCAAGAGAGAAUGAGGCUGGGUACCAAGAGGAUGGGAACCCUUCUUUUCUUUCCAUUCCAUCUGCUUGCAACUGCCAGGGAACCUCUGGAAUUCCUGAAGGGUCUUACUCUGAAGGAGGAGAUAGCUCUUGUAGCAACUUUUGCCACCACUGUACUUCUCCAGUUUUGGGGGAAGAUGAAGAGCUGGAAGAAUAUGAUGAGGAGGAGCCCAAGUUCCCCAGUGAUUUUUCACGUGUGCCCAGUGGAAAGAAACCCCCACCCCGGAGACAGCGGCACCGUGCUUCAGCCAAGGAGGAUACUCGGGAGGGUGGACGCAGAGAUCCCAGGUCCCCUGGUCGACAUAGGCUGGGCCGGAAACGAAGUCAGGCUGAUAAACGCAGAGGCCUGGGAUUGUGGGGAGCAGAGGAACUGUGUCAGCUCGGACAGGCAGGUUUCUGGAAGCUGAUCAAACUGCUGGUAUUGGUGGGAGAGUAUGUGGAAACUUGUGGCCAUCUCAUCUAUGCAUGCAGGCAGCUGAAAGGCAGUGAUCUGGACCUUUUUCGAGACUGGGUGGGAAUCUGGGCAGGGCGGCUGGGGGGCUGGGCCCAGGUGAUGUUCCAGUUUCUGAGCCAGGGAAUUUGCUAUGGGGCGUGGCUGUUCACCCGUUUUCUUAGGCUACUGGGUGCUUUGCUGCUCCUGUUUCUGGCCCUCUUUUUGGGCUGUCUGCAGUUGGGCUGGCGAUUUCUGGUGGGACUGGGUGAUCGUUUAGGUUGGAGGGGUAAAGCCAUCUGGCUCUUCUCUUGGCUGGAUUCUCCCACCGUGCAGCGUUGCCUGAUUCUGUUGAGAGAUAGCAGGCCAUGGCAGCAGCUGGUAAGAAUGGUUCAGUGGGGUUGGCUGGAGUUGCCUUGGGUCAAACAGAGGACUAACAGGCAGGGGAAUGCACCUGUAGCUAGCAGUCGCUACUGCCAACCUGAAGAAGAAAUGGCUCGACUCUUGACCAUGGCUGGGGUUCCUGAAGAUGAGCUAAACCCUUUCCAUGUGUUGGGGGUUGAAGCCACAGCAUCAGAUGUUGAACUGAAGAAAGCCUAUAGGCAGCUGGCAGUGAUGGUUCAUCCUGACAAAAAUCAUCAUCCCCGGGCUGAGGAAGCCUUCAAGGUUUUGCGGGCAGCUUGGGACAUUGUCAGCAACCCUGAAAGGCGGAAGGAAUAUGAGAUGAAACGAAUGGCAGAGAAUGAGCUGAGCCGGUCAGUGAAUGAGUUUCUGUCCAAGCUGCAGGAUGACCUCAAAGAGGCAAUGAAUACUAUGAUGUGCAGCCGAUGCCAGGGAAAGCAUAGGAGGUUUGAAAUGGACCGAGAGCCUAAGAGUGCCAGAUACUGUGCUGAGUGUAACAGGCUGCACCCUGCUGAAGAAGGAGACUUUUGGGCAGAGUCAAGCAUGUUGGGCCUCAAGAUCACCUACUUUGCGCUGAUGGAUGGAAAGGUGUAUGACAUCACAGAGUGGGCUGGAUGCCAGCGUGUGGGAAUCUCCCCAGAUACCCACAGAGUCCCCUAUCACAUCUCAUUUGGUUCUCGGAUCCCAGGCACCAGUGGGCGACAGAGAGCCACCCAAGGAGCCCCUCCUGCUGACCUUCAGGAUUUCUUGAACCGGAUCUUUCAAGUACCCCCAGGACAGAUGUCCAAUGGGAACUCCUUUGCAGCUCCUCAGCCUGGCCCUGGGGCUACCACAGCCUCCAGGCCCAACAGCACAGUACCUAAAGGAGAAGCCAAACCGAAAAGGCGGAAGAAAGUGAGGAGGCCCUUCCAACGUUGACACUCCUUCUCUUCUUUUUUAAAUCAAUGUCAGGGAGUCAAAAGGGCUGUGUACAGCACAGGAUGGAGUUUGGUUUAUUUUUAAAUAUUUUAAAAAAGGGAAAAUUUUAAGCUCAAAUUGUUCACUCAGUACUUGUAGGAAGCCCCGGAACCACUCUCCCUCCACCAGCAUCCAGAAACUGAAUCUUGUCUUCUGACAAUACCAAAGAAAAUAGGGGGUGGCUAGAGCAAAGAACCUAGGGCAUGGACCUGGGCUGGACAAUAUCUCCCAUAGUAGUGUAGGAACUGGGUAUUUCCUGAGGUCUGUAUGCCUUUGUCUUGUCUUUUGCUUCUACAGCAGAUGACACUUUCCACCCUCUUUUUAAACUAUAAGUCUAUCUUAUUUCUUGACCUAUUUCAGGAGGGAGCCCCUCCUUUACCCCAAUAUACUAGUUAAAAGACAGAAUAAGAAAGCAUGUAGCCCUAAUUAUAGGAGAUACAUAGAGUUCAGAGAGGGAGAACUCUGAAAUUUUCCUCUGACUUUCACCUUGUGGGUAAUUGCCCAACUUUAUGCUUGUUACUGCAGGGAUGGCCAAAACUAAUAAUUUUUAAAAAGCAGACUCAUUCCCUCUACCCUUGGGUGAGGGGGAAGGAUAAAGAGGCUCCUGGCAGCCCCCUUAUGAUCCAAGGGUUUGUAUUUUUUUAAGUUUGUUCAUAUUUGUAUGUACAUAUCUAUUUAAAGCCAGGGAUUAUCUUUCUAUAAAUAUAUAACUGGCAACCUGUA